CUCCUCACGUCUCCGCUCCGAAUCAGCUAUCGACCUACAGGCAGCGCUUCACUCUUGAAAAUCAGAAGUCUGAAAACAAGGCCUGCUUGAAAAUAUAUCGAGUGCAACUUCCCCUCUUCUCCUCCCGGUUGUCGAUUAUCGACUGUCGAUCUUCUUGAUCUCGACUUCCAUCGUACCAUACCACACACGCACGCACGCACGCACGCACGCACGCACGCACGCAGAAUUCAAGAUGUUGGGUCGUCUCAGUCAUUACGCUUUUGAUGCGGUACUUAUCUCCGCCUUCCUGGCCGGCAUCAAGCGGUCGACUGGAUUAACCCCCAGUCUCGAAACCGACAAAAUCACCGAUAACAAGGAUUUCAAGCAGUGGAUCGACAAAUACCUCGGCGUGGGCGAGUGGGUGAUGGACCAGUCCGUUGCGGUCCUCGGGUCGACCAGCUGGUUUGAGCGGAGACGGUAAAGGUUGAUCGUCGUUGGCGGCUGAGUCGGCUGCCCCUCUUUCUUUCCUCUGUUUCGGCCUAGAUGAAGUGGCAGGGUCGGUGAACUUGGAACGGAACUUCGAUGUCGGAAUCGGUUGCAGCGCCCUUUUACAUGCCUGUUUCGGUUAUGGUUGGCAGGAUAGAGGAAAGAACUCCCCCUCUUCUUGCCCGUCAAGCCCGGGUGAUCCUCCACGCGUCCGGGUCGGUUUCUUAUAUGCAUGGUGAUCGUACGGCGGGAAUGCCGCUCGGUUGAUGUUGCAACAGCAAAGCUUGGCGUUAGGAAUAUCCUUCAUUAUUUGUGCACCUUGAGUCGUCUCUUCACUCAUGUACUUGACACUGGCGCUCUCCUCGAUACAACCAAUGUACAUAAACUCAUGUCGAUAGCAAACAGUUAUCGUACCACGCCUGGUUUAUCC